UUAACUUACGAUGAAAUAGUGAGCUUAAUUUCACGACUCUAUCUACCCCUAGUACCUUACUUUCGCGCGCGCCACCACUCGUGACCAGUUUACAAUUAAAACUCGAUCAAGUACUUAUCUUCUCUAUGGUUGGCCACUGGUAGUUCCAAUGCGCACGCAGAAACGUCAGCGUCAGUCAUUUCGGCGCAGGUCUCCGCCAUCUUGUCAAAGAACUUGAUUCAGCGUUCCGUGUGGAUAAAUGGUGUACAAUAGUGGAAAAUCUUCUUUCUCUAUGUGGAAAUUCAUCUUCAUCGCUGGUCGGAAACGUGCCACGCUUCAUCCCUCCGGUUACCCAGGAUUCGUGGGAGCUGCAACAGGUGGAAAGCCUCCAACAGCUCGACGUGGGGGUUCAAUGGACCGGUUCACCCCUUUCGACCUGGCCAUACGGAUGUUGGGACUCUCGGAGCCGACAGGAGACUUGCAGUUGGAAUGUCUAUCUCCAUUGCAUUCUGUCUCUGAGUCGGAACAGCCGCCUGUUGUAGUUCCUGCUUCCUGGGUGAUGAUGUGGAACGGUCAGUGACAGCGGAAGAGGUGUUUGGUUUGGGGCGACCAAAUGC